GAGGUUCAUUGUGUUGUUUUGAAAAAUGGGUUUUGUGUUAAUUUGUAUGUUGGGACUUCUUUGGUUGAAAUGUUUGUGAGAAGUUUGGUUUCUUGGACUGCUGUUAUUGUUGGGUUUGCUAGGUGUGGGGAUAUGAGUGAGGCCAGGAAGCUUUUUGAUGUUAUGCCUGAUAGAGAUAUUGUUGCUUCUAAUGUUAUGAUUGAUGGGUAUGUGAAAAUGGGGUGUAUGGAUUUGGCGAGGGAUUUGUUUGAUAAGAUGAAGGAUAAGAAUGUUAUUUCUUGGACUAGUAUGGUUCAUGGUUAUUGUGAGGAUGAUGAUGUUGUGGCGGCUAGGUUUAUGUUUGAUUGUAUGCCUGUCAAGAAUGUGCUUAGUUGGAAUGCGAUGAUUAGGGGAUAUUGUGAGAAUAGACGACCGCACGAUGCAUUGAAGUUGUUUUGGGAAAUGAGGGGAAGUUUGGAUGUGGAAAUGAAUAAAGUGACAGUUGUGAGUGUUCUUCCUGCUGUUACUGAUUUGAGUUCUUUGGAUUUGGGUGUUUGGAUUCAUGGGUUUGUGCAAAGGAACCGACUUGAUGAAGAUGUUCAUGUGUGUAAUGCUUUGGUUGAUAUGUAUGCAAAAUGUGGGGAAAUUGGAAAAGCUAAAUUGCUUUUUGAGGAGAUGAAUGAAAAAGAUACAUCGUCGUGGAAUGCUUUGAUAAAUGGUUAUGGUGUCAAUGGUUGUGCGAAGGAAGCGUUAGAAGUAUUCGCAGCAAUGUUACGGGAAGGAUUUGAACCGAAUGAGAUAACAAUGACUAGUGUGUUAUCUGCUUACCAUUGUGGUUUGGUAGAGGAAGGAAGAAGAUGCUUCAAAGAAAUUGAGAGAUUUGGAAUUGUGCCUCAGAUUGAGCAUUAUGGUUGUAUGAUUGACCUUCUAGGAAGGGUUGGAUACUUGGAUGAGGCUGAAAAU